UAGAUUAAAUAAAUAAAAACCCGAUAAAACCCAGAGAACGACCUAAAAAAGCCGCCAAAAAAGUGAACCAAACAACCACCAACAUUUGGGCAAAAAGCAAUCAAAGCUAUCGCCGUGGCAGCAGCAGGCAGACAGAAAAAGAAGGUUUCCUUGUAAAGGCCAAUAGAAUAUCUGCUGCAAUGACCACCACAUCGCCCUUCUGCUUAGAAGCCAAAAUAUAGAGACGCCUGGAGCGAAGCACAUUUGAUAAUUUUGGAAGGAGGAUGGCAGCUGCCUGAAAGCGUCGCAAAAUGAAACUGAAAAGCUGGCGGCACAAGCGUAAAUAGUUAUUUGCAUUUAGAUAACCAAUUGGAGGCGAAAUCCAGGCCGACAAACAGCAGCAUAUGAACGUUUGCGAACCCCUCGAAAAGAUAAGUCAUAUACAAAUCAUGCUGGGACGCACACAGAAGCUCGUACUGGGCAUAACAAUACUGAUACUAGUCGAUAUCGUCUGGGUCUCCUCCAGUGAGCUAACCAAGUUUCUGUACAAGGAGGCCAAGUUCGAUAAGCCCUUCUUCUGCACAUAUUUCAAAACGUCAAUGUUCAGCAUUUAUCUGCUGGUUAUAGGAAUUUUGGCGCCAUGGAAAGAAUCGUGCGAGCGCCAAAAUGGAACUUACGCUAUGAUGGAGCAGAACGCCGAGGAUGAGAACUACUACACCAAUCAGGCUGGCUUGGGAGAUCCUACCUAUGUGCCCAUCAGAUCGGCUCACCUGGCCUCGACGGCCAAUGCCAGCGGUAACACACUGUCCGGCACUGAGAGCGAUGAUUCAAGUGUGCGCAGUGUUCGCUUCAGCAAGAUGGCAGAGGUACGGGAAAUGUCCGCACAUGAGGCCACCGAUGCACUGCUGGCACGCCUCUCCUAUGCGGCGAGCUUGCGCCUCAGGCGGCAGAAGACCCAUCACAAGACAGCCAAGACGGCGUUGCUCUUCUGUCUGCUUUGGUUUGUGGCCAACUACUUCUUUCAGCUGGCCCUGGAAAUGGAUGAGACUGCUAUGAUAACACUUGUCAGCUCUACGUCGUCGUUCUUUAUCAUCUGCAUGGCCGCGGUCUUUCCCUCGGCAACAGGUGACAAGUUGACCAUCACCAAGGUGAUUGCUGUCGGCAUGAACAUUGGAGGAGUUGUGGCCAUAACAAUGAACGAUCUGCACGACACAAAGAUGACAAGGGGUGUCCUCUUGGCCCUGUUCAGCGCCUUCUUCUACGCCUCGUACCUGGUGUUCGUCAAACGAAAAAGUGAUACUGAGGAAAAGGUCGAUAUACCUUUGUUUUUCGGGUUCGUUGGCCUCUGGAACCUCAUGCUGUUGUGGCCGAUUUUCUUCAUUUUGCAUUUCACCAAGAUCGAAACCUUUGAAGUGCCCAAUCAGGGGCAAUUUGCGCUGCUAUUUCUGAACGGAUUAAUAGGAACCGUGCUCGCGGAGGCACUCUGGCUGUGGGGCUGCUUUCUCACCUCCUCGCUGAUUGGCACUCUGGCCAUGUCGCUGCAGAUUCCCUUGGCCAUUGUAUUCGAUGUAAUGCUGAAGCAUGAGCCGUAUUCGCGCACGUUUUAUAUGGGUUCAAUACCCAUAUUUCUGGCCCUGACACUCGUUGCGCUGCUGAUGCGUAAUGAUGAUACCGAUCCGCUUACGAAAUUGUUCAAAAUUGUAUAUAGAAAAGUCUGUCGUUGCCAUAAGCCGAACAUUGUUAGAGUCAAUGACGAUGAGCAGCAGGAGUCGCUGAUUAGCAACAGCGAUUAAAGCGACGGUGGA